ACAAAAAAGGAAGGAAAAUUUGCUCAGAUCACGCCAUUGCCAUUCGCCGUGGAGGAUGAAAACUUUAGGAAACUUUUCGUCUUCAUUUUAAGCCGCUUUCGGUCUAAAGAACCGACGCCGACAGAAAUUACAUCUGAACUGGACAUAUUCUCCUCUUGUUUGUGUAUAUGUGAGAGGAUUUACCUGAAUAACGCACACUUUCAUCGACAUUUGAAGGAAACCGAGGGGAUUUUAGACGCUAGUCAUAUUUUAAACACUUCCCAGAGACACCAGACAACCAUGUCUGGGGGUAUCGGUAUAUAUGCGGUCAAGAAACGGAAGAAGCCCGUUCAGAAAAUACCCAAACCACCACCACCUGAUGGUGUGAAAUCCAACCCCUCCAAGCGGCACAGAGACCGGCUGAACGGCGAAUUGGACAAGCUGACCAACCUUCUACCCUUCUCAGAAGAUGUCCGUGCACGGUUGGACAAACUGUCGGUGCUUCGACUCAGUGUUGGUUACCUGAAGGUCAAGAGCUUCUUCAGUGCCACAGUCAAAAAGACAGGAGGAAAUGGAUGGAUAAAUGACCGGUCAGGGACAUUUGGAGGAAACAGACAGUCAGCGACCAGUCUGAAUGGAGUCAGUUUCUCAGAAGGGGAACUGUUGUUGCAGGCCCUCAAUGGCUUUGUGCUGGUGGUCACCACCGAAGGUUACGUGUUUUAUGCAUCUCCAACUAUACAGGACUACUUGGGCUUUCAUCAGUCGGAUGUGGUCCAUCAAAGUGUAUUCGAGCUCAUCCAUACAGACGAUCGGGCAAUGUUUCGAAGGCAACUACACUUCGCUCUCAAUCCCACUUCGUGCGAUGGUAGCGAUGGAUCUGAUGCAAUUCAAAGCAGCAGUGACAUCACCAGAGACAUGGUAAACUACAACCCUCAACACAUCCCUCCAGAAAACUCAUCCUUCUUGGAACGAAGUUUCUGUUGCCGAUUCCGGUGCCUCCUUGACAACUCAUCAGGCUUCCUGGCCCUGAACUUCCAGGGGAGGCUGAAAUAUCUCCAUGGGCAAAACAAGUUGGCUGAAGAUGGGACCCUGGCCCACCCUCAACUGGCUCUUUUUGUCAUAGCCACACCCCUCCAGCCACCCUCUAUCCUGGAGAUCAGGAGCAAAACUCUUCUUUUCCAAACCAAACACAAGCUGGACUUUACACCUAUGGGUGUUGACACAAGGGGAAAGGUGGUUCUUGGCUACACUGAGAUUGAGCUGUGUAUGAGAGGCUCCGGCUAUCAGUUCAUUCAUGCUGCUGACAUGAUGCACUGUGCUGACAACCAUAUCAGAAUGAUAAAGACUGGAGAAAGUGGUUUAACUGUCUUCAGACUUCUCACGAAAGGGGGUACAUGGAUCUGGGUGCAGGCCAAUGCUAGGCUUGUUUAUAAAGGAGGAAGACCAGACUUCAUUAUCGCUCGACAAAGAGCACUAACUAAUGAGGAGGGUGAGGAACACCUCCGUCAAAGGAAGUUGCAGCUACCUUUUAGCUGCGCCACUGGUGAGGGUGUCUUGUAUGAGACUGGCCCCACACUGGACAUCGCUGACAUUCAAAAUCCAAGCAAAGGCCAGAAGAUGCACAAACCUCCAUCUCUGGACCCAGAUUCUCUUCUCGGCUGCAUGCUGAAACAGGAUCAUUCUGUCUACAACAAGAACAAUGACCCCAAUUCCCAGUUUACCCUUGACAAGGCUUUCAGGGAUAGCCACGCCCUGCUCAAUGUCCCUGGGAACACCUGGCAGCCGUCAGCCCCAAACACUGUGGCUGGGAUAAAGGAGGAAAGUGUGGUAAAGGACAUGAUGGAAAGCUUGCAGCAGAUUAUUGGGGACAGCAGUAUUUGUGGCCUUCAGGGGUUUGACGUGGACGAAUCGGACCUGAAGGAGUGGGAGAACACUCUGCUCAGGAUGAACAACAACAACGAAAUGGAACUUAAUGAAAUCAUCACCAAUGACAUCCUCUCUUAUGUCGAGGAUGCACUUUUUAAGGAAAAUGGUAUUCAAUUGCCCGAACAACUCAAGAGCCAGGGUCCAUUUGUUGAGGUGCCUGAGUGUCUUCCAGAAAUGGAGCUACAGAAUAACGUAGCUGUUAACCAGGAAUUCAACUGCCAGGCAGUUAUACUCGGUGGAUCCCCAAGUGGGGGUGGGUUCGUCGGAAUGAACAUCCAAGAUGAAGUGGACGCCAGUAGCCCUGGAAGAGGGAUGGUGAAGCUCACCCAUAUGGGGCCACAGAUGCUACCUGGCGACACUUUUGUCCAAUCAUUCGGACUAGAACAGACAACCCAGAAGAUGCCUGGCAAUAAUAACAUUAUGUUUAAUCCUUCUCUUGCCAUGCAGCAGCCGACCCAAGUCAGGCUUGGUCUGCAAGGUGCCGUGCAAGAGAACGGAAUGGUGCCAUGUGGCCAGAGAAACCUACAGACCAGAAACCAGCCCCAUCACAACACAAUGACUCUCCCUCUUCAAAGUCCUUUAUUGCAGGGCAUUUCCGCCCAGCCAAUGGGCUUCAAUGGCCAGAAUUCCCUUCCUCAACAACUGUCAAUCAGUCAGAACCCUCUGUGGGUGUCUGACAGCAACAAUUUGAUGGAUGACCUGCUGAACUCUUGCACCCGUAACAUUUCAGGUGUACAAGAUGCAGGACUACACUCUGGCCCAACUCCCCAACUACAAGGACAGUUUUCUCUUCACACUCAAAACGCUGCCAAUCCAGGACUGCCUAGCUGGCAGCAAUCACAGCCUCAACAGGUCUCCAAAUCGUUUUCCAGUGGGCAACAGAAUAUGACGGGCUUCAUCGGCCAAGUUACAGACUUCCAAAGAGAUCUGCUUGGAGAACUGAUGUCGCACACUAACGCACAAGGAUUUGGGUCUGGUUUCCUGCCCCAGACAACUGCAAAUAGCAUCUAUCCUCAGCAAGGAGAGAUUAUCAACAAAAGCCCUCAUCAGACCACCAACAGCUGCAUGUUCACAGGCACUCCUCAACCGUCAGUGAACGGGAUGCAGUAUGGUUCUGCAGAUCCGAUAUCUUCAGUGUCAUCCUGCCAGAGGGCUAAAGGUCUGGUUACCCAGAGUCCUACACAAGCAUCCUGCUACUACCAAAGAGGUCCUAGCGAGUCAAUCGUGGGCACGUCGGUCAUCCCACAAGAAGACACCAAUAACAGCCCCAUGGCCUGUCGAGUGCCACUUGGGUUAACUCCAGAUAACAUUCUUGCUCAGCAGUAUCUCUCCUGCAAUGGCCAGACACAGAUCGCAAACCAUCCACUUAAGGAAAAAGGAACAUUCCAAUUUCCGUCACUGGCCAAUGGAACCACCUACUUUUCCGAGAACAACCAAAGCAAUUGCUGUGACUAUUAGAUCAUGCUCAAUACAGCGACUGACAUAUCAACAGUGCUGUACCUCUUUCUAGGAAAAAAAAACACAUAAAUACAGCAACUUGUUUGUCCCUCGAGAGACAUGCAUCUGCUUCUAAAGACACACUUGGCUGAAAACCUGCAAGACAUUACAGAACUUUAAAAAGCGAUUUUACCACACAUUUUUUCACACUUAUGUACUUUUUUUCACACUUAUCUACUUUUUCACUUGUUCACACCCUCUCUGAUGAGAAAUAAGCAGUGGCGUGUCCUUUCGUCCCUGAAGGAUAUUGUUUUGUUUUGCCAUUCUGGCACGGAAAAAAUGUGAGAUAGCGAGUGUACUAGCAAGGAGAGGUGUGUGAGCAAGUGUGUGUUUGUGUGUAUGUGUGUGCGAGGUAGUCUAGAGUUCAUUUAUGAAGUAUGCAGAAGCAACGGUGGAACCUUUUAAUUGCAGGGAUGAGAUUCUGAGGAAAUUCAUGGUGCACACAAGAUGCUAUUUAUUGGGGUAAUGUUUCGACUCAAAAAGGGAAAGUCUGUCUCGGAGAGGGCAACGGCCUCAGCCGAACCCUUUUAUUUAGCCAUCUGUAGACCUUUAAACCUUAGUGUUAUCAAUGUACCCCACUUUCUCGAAAGAAAUUAAUACUCUACUGAUGGCCUCUGUGGCACUAUUGGACUGUCAGAGCAAAUCAUUGAAUUUGUUGACUACAAAACUUUCCCAGAACUUCCCUGAAGCUCCACCCACUGCAAGUUGUAACGUUGCCCAAGGAAAAAUGAAUAGUCCCAGGCCACUUUUUCUUCUCCGCAACACUUUUUCCAUUCAACGAGUAAAAACCGUCUAGUCUUGCCACACUUUUAUGGUUGCGUUAACCAUAUGUUUCAUGUGUAUUACAACAAUAUUUGAAUGUUAUCACUUAUCAUUUAUUGUAGUUUUUUUUUGUUUGUUUGUUAAAAAAUUCUUUUGUACUUUUUAUGCAUAUAAUCGAAAUUAUGGAAAUGUCAUUGAGCCAUUUUUGUCCACUUUAAAUUUGCUGAUUUCCCUCUUGCUUUCUGUUUGCGUUAACACUUAUAUGGAAGAAUUCUAGGAAUUCUUCAAUCGUGUUGCGUGCCAUGAGAAUCACAGCAGCCAGCAUAUCCUGCCUCCAGAAGAAAGGUAAAAUCAAAUGUCUUCUAAAGACAGAACAGACUAGUUAUCAGGAAGGAUUCCAAACAAAAGUAAAUGUUUGUUGAGAGAAAAUUUGAAUUUUUUUAAUGGCCACAGUGAAAGUCUUUAUUCGUCUGUAGUUUCAUUCUUGGUCAAUCAGGAAAUACAGCAGCAGCCAAAAAGUUUAGAACAAGCGCAGUGGGUGAAAUUCUGUUUCGUGAAUGAGGCGUAAAGUUUGUAGGCCCCUUUGUGCCUUAUUUUGAAAGAAUAUGAAGCCAUUUGAUUGGAUUGUAUCAGCACUUUGAAUGUGUAUGUAUACCAAAACAUAUUUGUAUGAGAUGCUGUAGCUAUAGAAAUAUGACUGAUUGGUUUAAUUGUGCAAAAUGAACUCUUUGAAUAGG